ACAUCAGUGUUAGAAAACUAAUUUCUGUACUCUGUUCUGUAAGAUCAGAAUAAAUUAAUAUUUGCAAAAUUGGAACUUUUUGUGGAUAAUGACUGAUUGUUUCAAGUAAUCAAUAUAUGCAUAACUAUUAUUCUUUCGUUUUUGCUCCAGAAACAGUCAUAAAUUUGUGUACUUCGUGAGUUAUUUUAGUAAUCAGUGACAUUAGAGUGAAGUGCCUAAUUUGAACAUGGAGGCUAUAGCAAAACACGAUUUCACUGCUACUGCGGAUGAUGAACUCAGUUUCAGGAAAAACCAGGUUCUCAAAAUACUUAAUAUGGAGGAUGAUAUGAAUUGGUAUAGAGCCGAAUUAGAUGGAAAGGAGGGUCUUAUUCCUAGUAAUUAUAUUCAAAUGAAAAACCACAGUUGGUAUUAUGGUAGGAUAACAAGAGCAGAUGCUGAAAAGCUUUUAGCAAAUAAACCAGAAGGAGGAUUCCUUAUAAGGAUUAGCCAAUCAAGUCCUGGAGAUUUUUCAUUAUCAGUGAAGUGUCCCGAUGGUGUCCAACAUUUCAAAGUACUAAGGGACGCGUCAAGCAAAUUCUUCUUAUGGGUUGUGAAGUUCAACUCGCUCAAUGAAUUAGUCGACUACCAUCGCACCGCCUCAGUCAGCCGCCUGCAAGACGUUAAACUUAGAGAUGUUGUGCCUGAAGAGAUGCUGGUACAGGCGCUGUACGACUUUACACCCCAAGAGGCUGGCGAGUUGGAGUUCAGACGGGGCGAUGUCAUCACUGUACUUGACCGCUCAGACCAGCACUGGUGGCAGGGCGAGAUAGCACACCGGCGCGGUCUUUUCCCAGCGUCGUAUGUGACGGCAUAUCACUCAUAGCUCACAGACCAACACACCCUCCGCCUCCCUAUACCCAUUAUGCUCGCGCCACCUUCACUCUAAACAUUUGAAAUUGCUGAUCCCGCAAACGAUAGUAAAAUCGCGUGACAUACAAGGUCCAUACAAACUAAUACAAUCGCGGUUGAUUGGCUAUGUGACUGUGCGGUUUUAGAUUUUAUCGCUUGCGGGAAAAUUUGCAUCAUCCUUCACACUAAAAGUGCAUGCUGUCUUCUUCGAGCAUUACCUGCUAGAAUGAGACGUCGAAUCCUAUUACGGAAAUAUCCACCAACGGAGCGUCACAGCAACUUUUAUAUUUUAACGGAUUUUAUAUGUAAUUUCUAUAUAUAAUUACAUUUUAUAAGUUUAUUAUUGAUAGGUUUUAAUCGGUUUAGUAUAGAAUAUUGGUUUUAAACAAUUAUCAAAGGAAUUAAUUUUGGUAGUCCAAUUGUGACGCUUCGGUAGUACAAGUUAGCUUGUAUGUAUUUUCUUAAUUCUAUAUGCAGUGACAAGCAACUGAUUGUAAUUUAUUAAACGGAAAUUGCUAGCUGUGGAAUGCAUUAUUUCACUCUCUAUAAUUUGAAAUAGUAUACGAUUUGUAUAAAUAUACAAAUCAAAAACUAGCAAGGUUAAAUAAUACUAACUGUUAUCUAAGUAUAUUGCGUUUGAAUUAAAAGCUAUAAAUCUAGUUUUAUUGUUAUACACAGGCAGAUAAGUACGAUCAGUUGCUUGGACUAUCGUCACAUCUUGCUAAUAUAAACCCUACUAAAUCAAUCUUUAUAUUUACACAAUGGUCCUUCGAGCCGGAUUGCACAAUAUGAGAAAAUCGAUAAGCCAAGUGCAAAUAAAAAGAUUGAUUAUCCAUGCUUGUGCGAAUACAUUAUCAUUCUUAUCAUCUAAAUCACCAAUCGAGUCUUCUAGGCGGAGGACGUUGUUGAAAUAUAUAAAAAUGGCGUUGAAAACCCAAUUAUGGGGCUGUGUGAUUGGCGAAUGACGACGUGGAUACUAGAAAUACACUCGGACGUAAAUUUUAAUAUUGCUAAAUUGCUUUUAGCUCAUUUGUAUUAAAAAUGUAUAUUAAACAAGAUAUCAUAAGGCCUCAGAAUUUGUGUGUAUUACUAGUGCCAUGGUAUGUGCGUUAGAUUAAUGUUAUGGGAAAGUAACUCGCUCCUAUAGAGAUUGAAGCGUUUGAAUUGGACAUUGAGCCAAAUUCUUUAAUAUUUAUCAAAAUAUUGUACAUUUAUAGUCAGACUCGAACAUUUGUCUUUGUCACUUUUCAACAUAGCGUUUACUCAAUUAGAGAGAAGGAGACGAUUAGUAGGAAGUCAUAAAUGAGGUAAUAGCGAGUAUAAUGAAAGACUUAUGGUAAAGGUUAAAUUGAUUUCCAUUUUGAUUAAUAUUCAAGUUUUUGGCUAUCUAAGGAAUUGUUACAUAAUUUUCAAAUAUAAAUUGUCAUAUGGUAGGAGCGAGAGAAUUGGAUUUUAUUAGCAGAGCUUGUAAAUAGCUGCGGUUUAUAUUAUCAAGCUGUCGUAUUUGAUGUUUUAUGGUGCUUCAUGUCAUAGUUUCGCAAUUUAUCGGCGUUGAUAUCAAAAUUUCUGGUAGUACAAAAUUUUUUUACGAAUUUAUCUCGUCACAUCUAAGAGCGACCGAACUUUCGGUUGGAUUCGACAGUCAUUAGUAAUAAUGCGUCAGCUUACGUGCCAGAAUAUUAUUUUAGUUUUUGAAAUAUAUAUGCUUAGUAAUAGUGCGUGGGAUCAAAGUUUUGAAUUGUUCCGCUGAAUUCAUUGUGAUUAUCCCCUUGGCGAUAUGGGCCUUUGGAAAGAGGCAAUCGAUAUAUUUGUAGAGCGCUGUCUCUGUCGCACAUGUGGCGUUCGUCAGUAUGUGGGAGAGAGACGGUACUCUAUGAGAGUAUGUUUCUAAAUGUUGAGUAUGACCAUUAUCCCCUUAUAGCGUAAUGCUCAUGGAAUAUUUACCACUCCACAUUAGUUAGGUAAGUUCGCGGUUUUUACUUUGAUAAAGGUAUACAAAUAAUAAUCCAGUUUAGUAUUAGGAAACGGUUUUCUGUCUGAAGCUUCCCUUAGCUUAGGCCGCGGCGGGUUUGUUUCGCACAAAUUUGUCCAUAUUAUUCGUGUGCCCGGUUUUAUACGAGUGAACUUUUUGAUGUACAGCGAGCGUUUUAGACAACUUUUUAUAUUGCAUCGCGCUUAUAGCUUUCGAUGUACGACGAUUUCGUUACCCGUUAGUGUUAUCUAUAAGUAAUAUCAAUUAAUAUUUCAAAUUUUAACCUAAAUAUAAAUUUUAACUAAGACGUUGUAGUCAUAGACACUACAGCAUUGAAUACGACGUGUAUGAAGUGGCACACGUGCUACUGUACUUAGUUAGCGUAUGUAGUCAAGACUUUGAAAAUUAAUAACUUUGAGAGCUCGUUAAUUCAAUGUAGAUAUUUUAUUUUUGUUAUUGUAAUGUAUCCGAAAUUAAUAUUUAUCGAGAUUGAUAGAAUUUUAGAGAUGGAUCACCACGGCGUAAAUGUUAGAAUUUCUUCUAAAUAAAUUGAUGUAAUCCUAAAUGUUCUAAGGCGUUUAACUGUUUUGUAACAUACUCUAUAAAAGGGGUGUGAACCAUCGUAAAACGCUAAACAAUAUUAUAUAAUAUUGUGCUUCUCGCUGUAGACGUAAGAUGACAUGUUUUAAUAAAUCGGAAGUGCUCUAAUCUAUGAUAAUCAAAUAUUUAAAUAAUUAAGUUAUGAUUCUCCAAUAUUGUGGAAGAUGUAUAAUAUUUUUUACUAAUAAAUUUAAUAUUGUACUUUGUGUUUCAUUUGCAACAUCAACGCCCGUGCUCUGCACCUUCCAUUGGCAUUCUGUUUUUGUAUGCAAUUAAGUUAUGUUCUCCAAUAUUGUGGAAGAUGUAUAAUAUUUUUUACUAAUAAAUUUAAUAUUGUACUUUGUGUUUCAUUUGCAACAUCAACGCCCGUGCUCUGCACCUUCCAUUGGCAUUCUGUUUUUGUAUGCAAUUAAGUUAUGUUCUCCAAUAUUGUGGAAGAUGUAUAAUAUUUUUUACUAAUAAAUUUAAUAUUGUACUUUGUGUUUCAUUUGCAACAUCAACGCCCGUGCUCUGCACCUUCCAUUGGCAUUCUGUUUUUGUAUGCAAUUAAGUUAUGUUCUCCAAUAUUGUGGAAGAUGUAUAAUAUUUUUUACUAAUAAAUUUAAUAUUGUACUUUGUGUUUCAUUUGCAACAUCAACGCCCGUGCUCUGCACCUUCCAUUGGCAUUCUGUUUUUGUAUGCAAUUAAGUUAUGUUCUCCAAUAUUGUGGAAGAUGUAUAAUAUUUUUUACUAAUAAAUUUAAUAUUGUACUUUGUGUUUCAUUUGCAACAUCAACGCCCGUGCUCUGCACCUUCCAUUGGCAUUCUGUUUUUGUAUGCAAUUAAGUUAUGUUCUCCAAUAUUGUGGAAGAUGUAUAAUAUUUUUUACUAAUAAAUUUAAUAUUGUACUUUGUGUUUCAUUUGCAACAUCAACGCCCGUGCUCUGCACCUUCCAUUGGCAUUCUGUUUUUGUAUGCAAUUAAGUUAUGUUCUCCAAUAUUGUGGAAGAUGUAUAAUAUUUUUUACUAAUAAAUUUAAUAUUGUACUUUGUGUUUCAUUUGCAACAUCAACGCCCGUGCUCUGCACCUUCCAUUGGCAUUCUGUUUUUGUAUGCAAUUAAGUUAUGUUCUCCAAUAUUGUGGAAGAUGUAUAAUAUUUUUUACUAAUAAAUUUAAUAUUGUA